GCAUCCUGCAUCCUAUCCACUUGCGCCAUCCACCCACCUCGUCUUCUCUUCGUCCAUCCCUCAUCCUUCGUCUCUCUUCUCCUCCUCAUCAGCUUCUGCAUCCUCCUCCAUCUCUUAUCUCCUCGCACUCCUACUCUCCCGCAUCGCCCCAUCCCCACUAUCCAACGGCCAACUUGCCAGAGCUUUCCUCCCUCGGACCGCAGAUCCGUCUCACCACCUAUCACCAAUCGACAAAACAGCCUCCACCUCGCUCACCCCACCGCCGGCCACCGGAUUCAUUCACACUUCCACAUCUUCACUCGUCCAAACCGCAUCCUCCAUCCCUCCUUUCAUCCGAUCCUACACACUCAAGGAUCACUUGAAACCCCUCCCGUCACUUCUCCUCAACCGACCGUGACAAUCGUCCUCGCCUGUCAUGGAUCCAGAGGCACCGACAAACCAAUGGCGCUUUGCCCAGUGUUUCGGAGACAAGGGCGAAGUUGAGGACAUCACAGAGGCCGACAUCAUCUCCACCGUCGAGUUUGACCACACUGGCGAUUAUCUGGCGACCGGAGACAAGGGUGGCCGUGUAGUUUUGUUUGAGCGUAACGAACAGAAGAAGGGCUGCGAGUACAAAUUUUAUACCGAGUUUCAAUCACACGAGCCCGAGUUUGACUACCUCAAGUCGCUGGAGAUUGAGGAAAAGAUCAACCGCAUUAGGUGGUGUAAGCGCCAGAAUGCGGCCCAUUUUCUCCUCAGCACCAACGACAAGACGAUCAAGCUUUGGAAAGUGUUCGACAAGCAGAUUAAGGUCGUCACCGAGAACAACCAUACUCAGGACAUUACAGGCGGAGGUCCGGUCGGUGCUGUCCAGCCUCAGCUGCGACUCCCGCGAAUGACGACGCACGACUCGAUUACGGCCGCCGUGCCCCGCAAGGUGUACGCGAACGCUCACGCGUAUCACAUCAACUCUAUAUCUGUGAACUCAGAUGGCGAGACCUACAUCUCUGCAGAUGACCUGCGGAUCAACCUAUGGAACCUCAACGUCAGCGACCAGAGCUUUAACAUUGUCGACAUCAAGCCUGUAAACAUGGAGGAGCUCACCGAGGUGAUCACGGCCGCUGAAUUCCACCCCAUUCACUGCAAUCUCUUCAUGUAUUCUAGCUCCAAGGGGACUAUCAAGCUGGCCGACAUGCGAGAAUCAGCUCUGUGCGACCAGCAUGCCAAACUGUUUGAGGAGGAGGAGGACCCUUCGCAGAAGUCGUUCUUCUCCGAGAUCAUCUCGUCCAUUUCGGAUGUCAAGUUUUCGCGCGACGGGCGCUACAUCCUGUCCCGAGAUUACUUGACGUUGAAGAUCUGGGACAUGAACAUGGAAAACAAGCCUGUGAAGACAAUCAAUAUUCACGACCACCUCCGCCAGAAGUUGUGCGACCUAUAUGAGAACGACUGCAUCUUCGACAAGUUCGAGUGUACCUUCUCGGGAGACGGCAGUCAAGUCAUGACCGGCUCGUAUCACAAUUACUUCCGAAUUUACGACGUGAACAGUGACAAUGAUGUGGUUCUGCAGGCCGACAAGUCGGCCUUCAAGGCCAAGAAGAUUGGUGGCGCGCGCGGCAAGGUGCCAGGCAAGAAGGAGGGCAUGCAGACUGAGGGCAUCGACUUUGCUAAGAAGAUUUUACACGGCAGCUGGCACCCGAGGGAGAACACUAUUGCUAUCGCUGCGACCAACAAUCUGUUCCUAUACUCCACUCUCUCAUAAGCAUGCGUCAUCAUCAAGAUACCCAGCCAACUUGGUCAUUAUUUUACACUAGAUUCGACAAGGCC